UGAAAAUGGUUGUCCGAUCUGUUUAUCUAUUUUGUCUCUUUUGAACUCCUCAUUCAAUUUUUUAGUUCCUCAGGGACUAUCGUCAAUGUCUGCAGUUCGUACCCUCAAACCACGUACUGACAAAUACUUCACGUACCAAAAACCGUCACAAGUGGAAUGCAAACUGUGGUUGUAUGUUUUUUUUAUUCACUUUUACUGUUUAAACUUUGCCCAAAUCCAUUGAGCGACAGGUAGAGAAAACAGGACACAUAUUUCUUUUGCUGGCCUUUUCUCAGUUUUGCCUCUUAGUCAAACAUUCGUAUUUUUUUAGGAAGAAAAGAUCUCAGGACGUUACAAAUAUGGAAAAUAGAGAAAUACUUGCAUUCAGAGUUUUACUUUCAAUACCUUGGCCAGUUUUAUGUUACUUCCCGAGAUUGUUAUAUAGCUGUGUAUCCGAGUAGGACUCAUUUAAACAGCUUCAAAUUAUUCGCAACUGGAAAACCGUCAAAAAACGGACAAAUAUGAUACCGAGUAUUUUUUGUCGUCGUGCAAAAAAACAACUGUCCCUAAUUGUAAAUGUGUUAAUAAAAAAUGAACAGUACACCAAAAAAAAACAAUCCAUUUAUGAUUCUCGCACGACAAAACCCUUAGUUUCGGAGCCAUCAAUAAAACCCACCCUGGGUAGAUACGCAUACGAUAUUGCCAAUCCGCAAAAAUUGCUCACUGAAAAACCAAUGCAGUAACAUGUACCCCAGACAUGUCCUUGCGUGGCAUUCCUCACAAGGACACCGUUUCUUUGCAUGCCAAUCACAAAAAGGCAACGCGGAAACCAAAAAUAACAACAAAAAAUUGGCAAACUCUUGACACACGGAAAGAUCAACCAAAGACGAAAUGCAACAACAACAACAAAAAAGAACGGUACCGGUUUGGUUGCAGGUAAGGAUAAACGGAAUGCCUUUUUUAUGUAUGACCUGCGAACGAAAAGAAGGCGUUCAAUAAAAUCAUCGAGACCCAAAACAAACUAUAAACUAAUAAAGGUAUUUGCACUCCCCAUACUGUAUGCUGUGUAUUUCCCUGCUCCUUAUGGAUCUUAUGGCUAACAAAAAAAUGGUUCAAUUAGAGUGUGGAAUAAAUGAGCAGGCCGAACAAACAUUACGAAAUAGGAAAACAUUAACGCCCGCUGCAAUUUUAAAACAUGAUGUACCUGUUGCUGCAAAACGCAUCCGAACCGAUCCUUGUGAAACGAACGUACACAAAUAUUAGUGUCAGCGUGGUAGUUCUUCUCUAGACACUGCCAGAAACGUUUGAAUCGGGCUCGAUUAGAUGGAUCAUGCAACGAAACACGAGCAUCGAUGUUGUGCCGAGGCUGACGUUAGAGAAGCAAUAGCGGAAUCUUCUCCAGAUGUUCUGCAUUAGACUCCUCCCCAUUGCGCACGUGUAGGCUAGCUAACGCGCAGGAAGAUUGAUCACGAUUGGUGCGAUCGCUUCCCCUUCUUUUGUCCGCACGAACAGUCAUCGUCUUACGAUCCGUUUUCUUUAGCUCACGCAGCAAGCAAUCUCUAACCUCCCCUGUAAACGGCAACAUCGCCACCCGACCAAACACAGCAGACAGAGCUUUGGCUGCGGUUCGCGCCGAGAUGUUUUUCCAGUCUCAGACAGGGCGCGCUCACGAUCGCAUGUCAGUGCUGCGGUCGUCGUCGUUGGAACUAACGUCGUGUCUUGGUGGUACCCGAUUCGAACCCAGCAGCAGCAGCAACAGCAACCACGGUCUGUUUUACUUUCGCUGCUGAUCCUUACCCGUCGUCGUUGUCGUCGUGUUCUGAAAGUUCGUUCCGGCAACGAAAUCCGGGAAGGGGUGAACUCACCCCUAGUGCAGUGUGUGCAGUUCCGGUGCAGUUUCAUUCAGUGCAGUUUGAUCGGUUGUAUUGAAAGCUACUCAAUAGAUGCCUUAUCUUGAGUUAACGUUGAUAGUGAAAAUAAAAGUGUCGUGAUUAGCAAUUGCACGUGCUAUUGAUCUAACACGAAGCCUAAAACCAUAAACCUCAAUAGUGCCCCGGCAUUAAAUAGUAACAGAAAAUAUAUAAGUGACACGUUUCAAAUACUUUUUGUCAGCUGGAAACAUGUGAAUUAGCCGCUGUUGUUUGACUACCGGAACUAUUUAUCCCGCACGUUAUCAUCCGUCAUAAUGCGCUAACAACAAAUCGAAAGCGCGAACGAGAAAAGAAAAAAGUGCCUAACCGUUAAAAGAGAUCAAUCGAGUCCCGGGUGCAAAGUGGAUCAUUUAAAUGUUCGUCUAUGUAUAACGAAUGAUAAUUGCUUCGUUCAACAAAUACACGACAAAACCGACGGCUGAAAUAUUCGAACUAUUUCGAGAUAACGCACAAUAACGAGGCGAAAGAUGGACCGCGUGCCGCGAUGAAAAUUGCUUGUGACAACAGCCGAUACGGAUUGUGUUGCAUUUGGUGCUGUUAGCUAGGAUUACCUCGCGACUCCACACCCAACCGGCGACUCGACCCCAGUGUGCAGUGUUCCAUUUUGUUGCUAAACAAAAAUAAACGGUCAAAUCUUCAGAGCAAACAAUUUGGGAGCAAUGUUUUGGUUCGAUCGUUUCCCACACCAUCGGCAAACGGAUUGCUAAAGUUGUGCUCAACCAAGUGAUAGUGCGUUUUUUCCGAAGACCGACGCAUAGUGUUCGCAUACGAAGGCAUUCUGCGUGGUUUAAAAUUAGAUAAUUGGUUGUUUUAAAAAAUACAGAAACAUCGCUGCACUUAAGCCCACCGGAAUCGCAUAAAGCUCAUUAAAAGCUUUCUGUCAAACUUCUAUUCAGCGCACCGCAGAACAUAAAGAUGAAUCAGCAGUGCAAAGUUUGUGGCGAACCGGCAGCCGGUUUUCAUUUCGGUGCCUUCACUUGCGAAGGUUGCAAGUCAUUUUUCGGCCGAUCGUACAACAAUUUGUCCUCGAUCUCGGAGUGUAAAAACAACGGUGAAUGCAUCAUCAACAAAAAGAAUCGAACUGCCUGCAAGGCGUGUCGCUUGCGCAAAUGCCUCAUGGUAGGAAUGUCGAAAAGUGGUUCGCGAUACGGGCGUCGAUCGAACUGGUUCAAGAUUCAUUGUUUGCUGCAGGAGCAACAGCAGGCCGCUCAGCAGCAAGGAAACCACCAAAAACCAUCGCAACCAGUCGGCAUCCAUGCGGGAAUGUUUCACGGUGGUUAUCCACACGGGAUGUAUCCGCGCCCUCCAUGCACUAAAGAGGAGUUGAUGCUACUUGGUCUGGAAGAGUACAGCAAGCAUCCGUCGGCAUCACCAUCGGUCAGCUCCCCGGAUAGCCACAACUCUGACAGUUCCAACGAGAUCCAUGAUCGGAGAAAUGCGCUGCUACGACAGGGCAAGCUUCACGACUCAUCGCUCAACAAGGAUCUCUUCCUUCCGCUGCCGUUUGGAGGAUUACCGCUCAUGCCUCCACCUGGUUUCUUGCCCUCGUCGCAUCUGAUGUUUCCAGGUUUUCAUCCGGCACUUUACUCUCAUCCUCAAGCAGGACUGCUGAAGCCAGCCGAUACUCACCUGACGCUACCAAGCUCGCCUCUGGCCAACAACAACAGCCGCUUUACGCCAAAUCAUAACACCGAACCGAAUGUGCAUCCUUCUACCGGGCCCGUUCGAGAUAACGGGAAAUCUCCCGACUCCUUCUCCAAGCGGUACAUUCUCGAUCAGGUGUUGGAAUCACAGCGUUGCCCAAGCAAUGGUACGACCGGAAGUGAUAAGGACGACCCGGAACCAGAAGAAGUAGUGCCCGCAACAAUGACUCCUCCGCGAUCUCCCAUUGUAUCUGUUACGCAACCGACCCCGGUAGUACGGCAACCGCAAACACCCUCGGGCCAUCACAAUCACCAAGACAAUCCCAUCGAUUUGAGCAUGAAAACGGGUAGCAGUUGUACGUCGGCGGAUGAGCGUAGAUCGUCGAUGUCCGGUGCAGAAUCAAAUGGAUCCGACGAUGAAGCCAAUGGUGAUAGCCGUCCUCCUUCCGGAAUGGACAAGUAUAAAUGUACCGUAGCUGCCACGGCGGCUACCGUUGUUGCCAAAAAUACUUCUUCCACCAACAACAUUAAUAACAACAGCAUCAGCAACAACCAAAACCACCAUCACGGUGCACUUCACCACUCGCCACGUCCGCUUUCGCUUUCCCCAUCGCUACCACCGACGCAGCACCACCGAGCCUCACCGAUACGGUCAGAGUCACCGCGUCACUUGCAACAUCAUUACCACCACCACCAUCAUCAGCAUCUUCAGCAGCAGCAACAUCGUCAACGCCACGUUCUUUCUCACCACGGAGGAAGUGGCAGCGAGUCGGAGCUCGAACCUGAGGAAACCGAGUACGAUCGUGAGGUGAAGCGUAUGAAACUGCAAGGUACCACACCGUUGGACUUGACCACUAAGGUUUAGGGCCGUCAGAGUUCGAAUCGCUCGCUCUCCACGUGCCGCUGAGGCGAGUUUUGUGGUGCAAUGUUUGUGCAAAACUGUCGAGUGUAUCGAAGUGCAAAUAAUUGAUGAUUGAUUAGAUUGUUUUUUUUUCUGCAACAUCUAUAAUACACCUUCUACCGUCGCUGGUAGAAAGCAGCCAGUUGCCUAGGGUUACUGUUUGUAUAGUACAAGUGGAUUAGUAAUUGUUUUAGCAAAACAUCGUAUACUGAAUAACAACGUAAGCUGCAGAGCAUUGAUUUGCAGCUAAUUACCAAAGAUCGACAAUGUUUCGAUAGCGAUGUUCGUGUUCGUGGUUAUUGUAAAUAUUUUACAGCUUAGAUAUAGCAACAGACACAGUAGAUGUCAAUAGCAGUACAUAGCUCCUAAAACAAGUGCAAACGAAAUAGAAUUGCUAUUGCCAAUUGCAGUGCACAAAAGGGAGAACCCCAUGACAGUAGCCACCGGUAUCGGUUAGGGAGGAUCGAAAUAUCUUCAACAGCAAAGGAUAUUUUGUUGUCGAAACUCGACUAGCGCGAAAUGCCAUUCACAGCAGAAUAGGUCACUCGAUAUAUUAAAGUGAAUAAAUGAUGCAAAAUCAAUGUGCCAGUACAGAAAAGGAACACUUAUAGAUUACCAGUCAGUGCGAACAUUUUGGCAAGGUAACUGUGGUCAGUAUUAAUGUUGCAUCUAUUUGCGGACUUGUAAAAGCAUGUCUGAUAUCCUUGGUCAGUUAUUUGCUGCCAGUAUCAUUUGUCAUUUAGAACCCACCUGUACAUACAAAUAUCCGUUUAGCUGCUACAUAUUGUUGUGCGGAUGAGAAAUCGCAAAACGUUAUUUAAAAGAAGGCAACAACUCCGCCGCAGUGGUAACUGUUCGAAGUAAUGUUAAUAAUCAAGCCCGUAAAAGCAACAAGAGUAUACGGAUAUUUAACGCCAAAGCUGCUUCCGGAAUUCCUGUGCCACAAUAACUCCAGACAAAAAAAGGCUUCUGGUGCUACUCAAACUGGUUUGAGACAGUGGUACCCAUCAGGCGCUGCCUCACUACUAUCCCAACAAUGUACGUGCUGGGCUGAGUGUCGAUUAAAUGCAUACAAAUUAACGUCCGCUUUUCUUUCAAUAUCAUCAUCAUUUUUCAUUCCGUCUCGCAGGAUUCCUCUUUCGUUCCGCGUACCGUCUUUCUCCCUAUAAGCGAUCGGGAAAACACAUAUCGUUACCAUCUUUCUGCGUCUAGCCUUGCCCUUGCUUUAUUCUGGGAAGAAUUGCUUCUAUUAAAAAAUACGAACUUCACAUAGGUUGGAAUAAAUCGUGUGAAUUGCUUGCGGGCAUUGAAUCGAAUAAAUCUGCUGUGAUUUUCAGUGUGACAUUCGGAGCGCCUUUCUGACAUAACACUUCUUUCUACGGAAAAUAAAAUCAAGCGAUCGAAUUCAGUUGUGCACUCACCCUUUUUCAAGAAGCAUUAGCAAAUUCUCCGUAAAAAGUCACUCUGUUUCCAGCGCUUCAGGCAACCGAUACUGCAUAAAUCCAUGUUAAGAGAAUACCUGAUUAUAAGCCUUGAUGUAAAACAAUGCAUUCCGUUUCGCAGUAGCAAAUCUUUAUUUACACGAAUAUACGCAAGCGGUGACCUAAUUUAUUGUACUGUACACAUCCGUACAAUUGUUUCUCUAGCUGUGAGAGAAACGGGAAACUAGUUGAUCCUAUUUAUAAUAUUAUUACUAAUGCCGUGCCACUGCGGGCACUGUGUAAAGAUGGUGUGUUACUGUUUAUUUAAAUUUAAUUCACAAGUGCUCACCACGGCCGAAUUACACUAAUUUGUGCAUAUAACGCGCGUAAUAGAGUUAGAAUGUUAUCUUUUAAAGCAUGCAAUCAAGUCCGAGUUUCGGUAACUUAAUUUUACCUUUAUACAACUAAGCAUUCCUAUCGAUACGUAUUUUGAAAUGAAAAACUGUUGUGCAUAUUAUUAGCAAAAAUAACACUUGUAUUAAAUAAAUUCAAAAUCAAGCAAAUAUGUAAAACUGUUUUUAAAUAUUUACUGUACAUCCGAUGUAUAACCAUUUAUGUUUUUUUUAAUCUACCUAUAUCAUUUUUAGCACUUAUUUCAUCAUUUUUUCUGAAAGAAAUAGUACACAUUAAACUAUGAACUAUUCGUUUUCUUUAAAAACUGAUAUCAAAUCAAUUGUCUUCUUUUUAACGAUGACGCAGCGUUCUAGCUGUCAUUCACAUAUUUGAUUGACGCCACAGAUUUUUAAUUACUCAAAGCUCAAAAACCAAUGAGUAUAGGAAGCUAGGAUCAGCUAGGUUGAUCUACUACAAGUAUCAUUUUAUUUAUUUUGUUUGUAACUCGCAAAAUUUUCGAAACAAGCAUUUUACAUGAUAAUUAAAAACAAUUGCGUAGAAAAAUAAUUUUCAUGUUCUAUUCCUUCAUUUGAUCGGCCACCACCCCACGCAUAGGUUGAGAAUAUUGAGAAAGUUACAACGGAAGGCACAUGAAAGUGCACAGGAAACAUCCAAAUGAACGUUUUCAUACACAGUCAGCCAUUAUUCCGAUCGCCACGUCUAACUUUCGUUCCCUUCGAGUACUUAGAGAAACUGGCAAAGAUAAUGAAGGGAAAAUACCGUUUCACUGACUGGGUGGCAUAGGUCACACGAUAUCAGGCUCCGCUUUUGGAGCACUAAUCUACACGGUGUGGUUUUGGUUGUAACACCGCACAGUGAAGGUGAUUCUCACGCACUUUGCGACAUUUGAUGACCCACGGAUCUGGAUACCAGAUUGAAAGAAAGAUCAUGUCAGUGACAACAUUUCCUUCAUCCGUGUACAAUAAAGUAGUAUUUAUCUCGACUCAACGUACCAUGCGCUUCGGACUCAUUAGUGGUUUAAUUUCUUCCAUUUUCAUUAUCGAAGGAAGUCAUGAAACACUUUCGAACGAUCCGAGCAUUUAGGUUUUUGGGAAUGACUGACUGUACGUUUACGAGCGGAUAUGGAAAAGAUCAUUUACAUAGAUGACAAUAGUUGCUGGGAAAUUCAGUGAUUCGGAUCAUUUUGUUGAUUCUAAAAUGUAUCAAAUAAAUUAGUGUUACUUGCAGUAAUUUAUUUUUUCUGUGUCUAGAUUGCGCAUUGCAGCCUUCGCAUUUGUAACUGCGAAAUGUAACAUUAACGUCUUUAUUAAGUUUUAACUGCUAAAGUGUAGUUUUGAAAUAAUGAUGUUAUAUCUAUUGACACUUAUCUUUAUAAGGAUUUCAAUUCAGAAUGCUUUAAUGUCAUUCAGUGUCGCCCAGUCGUAUUUUAGACCAGACUAUUACCAGACUAUUAAAGAAAUAAAAAAAUGGAUUUUGUACAGAAAUUUUUACUUGGUUAGAGAUAUUAACUUUCAAUUCAUGAAAACUUUUUUCGUUGGUGGUACAGUCAUAACGACGCCGGUUUCGUAAGUGACAAGAUCUGGACCAAAUUCCGUCCAAAGUGUUGCUCCGUAUGUAUCAAGUAUAAAAUCACAGGUUAUAGUAAAAUACUGGUAAAAUAUUCAAUGUAGGUAGUUUUGUUUAUGAAAAUUAAGUCACGCCGUCGCAACCAACUCACAUCUGAGCGUCGUAUAUUUUUCGUGAUGACGAAUCACUCUACAUUAAAAAAAUAUAUUUCCCCCAUAUCAUAUUUACUGCAACUCCGAUUGAAUAAGUAUCUAAUUUGUGAUCAUUUAAAAUCACAUUGUGAAAAAUACAACACCCGCCCAUGUGCAGAUGAAUUCAAACACUAAUUGAUUACACCCAAAAGAUCACCUUGCCGACAUCUAUCAGGUGGAAAUUGGCCUUCCAACGCGAGCAGUUUUGGAGGGUUGGCUGUCAAGGCAUCAUAUGGAGAAUGAAUGUAGAAAAGAAAUGAUUGCGUAUAUGCGCAUAUGUGUGUAUAUAAGAAAGACAGAUCCACAACAAAAAAGCCAAGAACGGCUUGAUGAGCGUUUAUAAUCCGUGGACGCCUUCUCCGGUGAUUGCGGACGGAAUGCGGAAUUGAACAAACUCGAACGAAUAAGACCAUCGCGCGACCAAAGGUCAGAUGAUAGAUGCGCACGGAACCGUUGUAGUGGAAGUCGAAGUCACUUUCCUCCGUGUGACCACCCGUUAUACGAUGGUUCGUGUCGCUUCACCUUCCGAACUUGGAACCAUACCCACACUUUCCGAAAGUGAUGGAAUAGCAGCUGAAAAACGAAAGAAGCCACAGUAGGGUAACUUUUUGUAUCGGCACGUUGCCCUGCAGAUUCAUCAUGUGAGGCCAAGUGACUUCAGUUGAUGGUUUGCGUAUGCACCAGUGCCUUGUCUGAUGACUGGCUGUUGUUCCGACGUGUUUCGAGACACCCGACCAACCUAAAACGCCGGGCAAAAUUAUCAAUUUGCUAGGGAACUUACUUCCCUUCACUGCCCGCACUGUUCGAUCGCUUCUGGUCCUGUGCCGCAUCCACUGCUCGCGUCUAACGUGGCUCUUCGAUCCCAUCAACCCGAGCACUUGUGUGAACUUACCUUCUCUUGGGCGAAAUUGCCAUAAAUUUAUUACAAAUGAAAUGAAACAUAAAUUUUCCCGUGAAAUAUUGAUCAGCACGUAUCCAUCGUUGCGGACAACCUGAAGUAUUGCACUGCCCCCGAUGGGGUUGGAAAAUCGAAGCGUGAAUAAUAUCACAACCAGUGCCAAGGACAAGCAGACCCAGCAUUGAAACGAAGAAAAAAACAAGUGGAGCGAUCGAUGAAUCUUGUGGGA